AUGGUACCUCUCAAAGUAGAGACGUGGAUAUGGUGGACCUUCGUGGUUUUAUGUGUCAUUUCUCGAAUGAUCUCGAGGUACCUGAGCCUCGGCACACUCAGACGCUUUCAGGCAGAUGACUACAUCACGAUGGUUGCCAUGUGCUUCUAUACCACAUUGAUUGUCACCAUCAACAUUGUCGCCAAAUCAGAUUCCAACCUGUUACCGCCAGGUUUCGAUGUCAACAGCCUGACCCCCGAACAAAUCCACGACCGUUCAUAUGGCUCCAAACUGGUGCUUGUCGUUGAACAAUGUCAAAUCAUGACCGUCUGGUGUGAAAAGCUAUGCCUGUUGUUCUUAUACCGUCGCCUUACCGUCGGCAGAUGGGAAAGACUUGCAAUUACGGCACUCUUCUUCUACAUCGGCAUAACCUGGGUCGUUAUGGAAACCCUCUACUUCGGAGUCUGGUGCAGGCCUUUCCACAUGUAUUGGGCCGUACCCUCAACUACGCAAUGCACAGCUGCAACUCAUCAUCUCAUCACUAACGCAGUCUUCAAUAUCAGCUCGGACACCAUGAUUUUGGCGGUUGCUCUACCCAUGUUUCUCAAAACAAGAUUGCCUCUUCGCAAGAAAAUUGCCAUUGUCGGAAUCUUCUCGCUGGGAACUUUUGUCAUCAUCUGCGCCAUUCUCAACAAAGUGUACAGUUUCAAUCAACCAUUCGGCUUAGAAUCUGACCUGUACCCCANNGGGACAUACUGGUACGUCCGGGAAUCAAGCACAGCAGUUCUGACAGCAAAUGCUGCCUUUGUCUGGGCUUUGCUCCGCCGAAUAUUCAAGCUCCGUUCGCUGGGCUCCUUUUCUGGCAAGAACACAUACACGCCAUACAACGGCUACACACCUACAUAUACAACAACUCAUACACGUGUGGAAACACUAGUUCGCAAGAAGACUCCACGCCACGACGAGAUCGAUCUCGAUUUACUCAUGCCCGAUCCGGAUGAGUUUGAGGGUAUUCAUCGACACACAGAGAUCCAUGUAUCCGAGGAUACCAUGAGUUUGAAGCGAGAAAACAACUCAAUGACAGAUGGUAGAGGGACAUGGGCAGAGGCUUGGGCCAUGAGGGCACCGGCAAGUCCAAUGCCAGGCAGUAGUAGUAGUCGAGAGGGUGGCAGCGACUGUGGACGCAGUGCGACUGAUUCGACGACGGAAAUUGUGCCCUCGUCGCCGCCGAAGAAACCCUCAAGGGCGUUGCUGAGGCAGAGUCAGCAUGAUUCGCCUGUUUGA